UAUUCACCAUCAACUGGUUCUGUAUACUGUUAUGCCUGCAAACUCCUGUCAUCGCAAAGAAGACAUGCUUUUAUCAGCAGAUUCUGUGAUUGGAAACAUCCAGAGAGGAUUUGUGAUCACGAAAAGAGUGCGGAGCACAGACAAAACAUGCUCGCUUUAUUACACAGGUGUAGACAUAUUGGACGAGUGGACGCCUCUCUUGCUCGACAGUAUGAGGCAGAACAUCAGUAUUGGAAAGAAGUUCUUCGGCGUGUGGUGACGGUCAUUAAAUUUUUGGGCGCCAGAGGACUACCAUUCAGAGGUGAUAACGAACUGCUGGGCUCUGCGUGCAAUGGGAACUAUCUUGGACUUCUUGAACUGAUAGCAGAGUUUGAUCCUUUUUUAAAGGAGCACAUUGAGAAACGUGGCAAUAAGGGUAGAGGUAUGCCCUCCUAUUUGUCCUCAACUGUAUGUGAAGAGUUCAUUUCAUUAAUGGGUGAGAAAACUAAGCGUACUAUUGCAGAAGAAAUCAUACAGGCUAAAUAUUUCUCUGUAAUCAUUGACUCCACACCAGAUUUAGCACAUGUCGAUCAACUUACGUUUGUUUUCCGCUUUGUGAGUGCAGAUGGCAGGGUAGUGGCGAGGUUUAUGGGGUUUGAACCCAUCCAUAGCCACACAGGUGUAAGCCUAGCAGAGUGUGUGAUUAAAAUGGUACAAGAUUUGGGAUUGGAUUUGUCAAACUGUCGUGGCCAAAGUUACGAUAAUGCGAGCAACAUGUCCAGCAAAUACAAUGGGCUCCAGGCACUCUUAAAAAGGAGAACCCUGAUUCAUUACACACCAUGUGCUGCACAUUCUUUAAACCUUGUUGGUUUCAACAGCAUUGAUAAUUUUUGUGAGGAGGUUGACUCUUUUUUUGAACUGUUACAGUCUCUGUAUUCAUUUAGCAGUGCAUCAACCCAUCGCUGGAACAGAGUUUUCCAUAACAGUGAACAUAACAUAAGCCACACUCUAAAGUGGCUAUGCUCUACCAGGUGGAGUUGUAGGGCAGAUUCCACAAAAGCUCUGAAAGACAAUUACAGGCCAAUCAGAGAUACAUUAGCCAAAAUAGCUACAGACUGUAAUGAAAACACCCAAACCAAACGUGAGGCUGCUGCACUUGUUUCAAAACUGGACAAACUGGAGACAGUUAUAAUGACUGCUUUAUGGGACAAGAUUCUUGCUUAA